CGUGGACCAGCAGAGGCGGGGUGUGAUGUCACGCGCGUAACGUCUAGGAUCAGCUAUGGCCGAGAGGUAGUGGCGACUCACACUUUACUGGUAAUAUCGACAUCGGAUAGCAAAUAUCUGAACGAUACACCACUCUCAAUUUAUUGAGUCCUGCUGCAUUUCAUAUACGAUCUACUGAAAAAAACAUGCCUAAUAUCAAAAUAUUUAGCGGCAGCUCCCACCAGGAUCUGUCUCAGAAAAUCGCGGACCGCCUCGGACUGGAAUUAGGGAAAGUGGUGACGAAAAAGUUUAGCAACCAAGAGACGUGUGUGGAGAUUGGAGAGAGUGUCCGCGGGGAGGAUGUGUACAUAGUCCAGAGUGGCUGUGGAGAAAUUAAUGAUAAUCUUAUGGAACUUCUGAUUAUGAUAAACGCCUGCAAAAUAGCAUCGGCCUGCCGAGUCACAGCGGUCAUCCCGUGCUUCCCUUACGCCCGGCAGGAUAAGAAGGACAAGAGUCGGGCACCCAUUUCUGCCAAGUUGGUGGCAAACAUGCUGUCAGUCUCUGGUGCUGACCACAUAAUAACCAUGGAUCUGCAUGCAUCCCAAAUACAGGGUUUUUUCGACAUUCCAGUGGACAAUUUAUAUGCAGAGCCGGCCGUUUUGAAAUGGAUUAAGGAAAAUAUCCCAGAAUGGAAGAACUGCACUAUUGUAUCACCAGAUGCUGGAGGAGCCAAGAGGGUGACCUCCAUUGCAGACAGGCUAAAUGUUGACUUUGCCCUUAUUCACAAAGAAAGGAAAAAGGCAAAUGAGGUGGACCGUAUGGUUCUGGUUGGAGAUGUGACAGACCGGGUGGCCAUAUUGGUCGAUGAUAUGGCAGACACCUGCGGUACCGUCUGCCAUGCUGCCGAUAAGUUAAUAUCAGCUGGUGCAGUUAAAGUAUAUGCCAUCCUGACCCAUGGCAUCUUCUCUGGUCCGGCCAUUUCACGCAUCAACAAUGCUUGUUUUGAGGCUGUAGUCGUGACCAAUACCAUUCCUCAGGAGGAGAAGAUGAAACAUUGCCCCAAAAUACAGGUUAUCGACAUUUCCAUGAUCCUCGCCGAGGCCAUCCGCAGGACCCACAACGGCGAGUCCGUGUCGUACCUCUUCAGCCAUGUUCCUUUGUAACGUCUCCAGCAUCUGCUCCAUGACUGCGUUCCUCUUACCCAAAGAAAUCUGACCUGAUGGAAUGUAUUUCCAUUGUUGAAGACUUGAGCAAGACUUCACGAGUUCUUUCCUGAAAAUUAAACAUGGGAUGUUGAGCUUCUGUUUUCACAGUCUGUUUUACUUACAAAUCGCUGUUACAAUCUGUGACUGUGAAAGUUAGAUGUUAGGUUAAUCGAGACAAGAGCUAGUCAUAACCUCAUUUAUUUAUUUGCAUCAAUUUGUAUUCAUUUCAGUGCUUUGGGAAAAGUAAAGUCACAUUAUUACUGAAUAAGUGGUCGAGAGAAGACUUUGACAGCCUUCUUGAAAUGGACAUGAUUUAUUUUGAAAUUCAAGAUUUUGUUCACUAGAUAAAGGUUUUUUUUAGCUUGUUCCUCUUGCAGGAGCUCAACAGUAGAGUCUUAAAGAAUUUGCUGUUUUAUUUCAUUUUCCUGAUUUUGUUUUGCAAGGAUGUUUUUUAAUAACUCUUUAUAUGAACCUUUCUAUGAAUAAAAAACAAUCUUAUUGGUUACAUUA